AUGGAUAGAAUCACGGUGAAAGCAAAGCGUAAAGAGCUAGGCAUAUCAUGCAUGCUCAACACGGAGGUUGGUGCAGUCCUCGCCGUGAUUCGUAGACCUAUUGCGGAAGGUUACCUUUCUCCGCAAGAAACAGACCACUGUGAUUCAUCAGUCCAACAAUCCUUGAAAUCUCUCCGAGCCCUUAUCUUCAAUCCUCAGCAAGAUUGGCGCACUAUAGAUCCUUCGGUUUAUCUCUCUCCUUUCCUUGAAGUCAUUCAAAGCGAUGAGAUUCCGGCGAGUGCCACGGCGGUUGCACUCUCCUCCAUCUUAAAGAUCCUUAAGAUCGAGAUUUUCGAUGAGAAAACUCCUGGUGCUAAAGAUAGUAUGAUCACCAUCGUUUCCGGGAUCACCAGUUGUCGUCUGGAGAAGACAGAUUCUGUGUCGGAAGACGCCGUGAUGAUGAGGAUUCUUCAAGUUUUGGUCGGAAUCAUGAAACAUCCAGCAUCGGAAUUAUUGGAAGACCAAGCGAUUUGCACAAUCGUCAAUACAUGUUUCCAAGUGGUACAACAAUCAUCCGGUAGAGGAGAUUUGCUGCAACGAAACGGAAGAUACACAAUGCACGAGCUGAUUCAGAUCAUCUUCUCAAGACUACCGGAUUUCGAGGUCAGAGGAGACGAAGGUGGUGAGGAUUCAGAAUCCGACACCGACGAAAUCGACAUGAGCGGUGGAUAUGGCAUUCGUUGUUGCAUAGACAUUUUCCAUUUCUUAUGUUCGCUGCUCAACGUUGUUGAAGUUGUCGAGAACUCGGAAGGGACAAGCGUUCACACCGCAGACGAAGAUGUUCAGAUUUUCGCUUUGGUUUUGAUCAACAGCGCGAUUGAGCUAAGCGGUGAUGCGAUCGGGCAACAUCCGAAGCUUCUUAGAAUGGUGCAAGACGAUCUGUUUCACCAUUUGAUCCAUUACGGAGCUUCUUCAAGCCCUCUUGUGCUCUCAAUGAUCUCUAGUUGUAUACUCAAUAUCUAUCACUUCCUCCGCAAGUUUACGAGGCUACAACUUGAAGGUUUCUUCUCCUUCGUGUUAUUGAAAGUCACAGCUUACACCGGUUUCCUUCAGUUACAAGAAGUUGCUCUUGAAGGGUUAAUCAACUUUUGUCGACAACCAGCUUUCAUAGUAGAAGCAUAUGUCAACUACGACUGUGAUCCGAUUUGUAAAAACGUUUUUGAAGAGACCGGGAAGGUUCUGUGCAGACAUACCUUCCCUACAUCUGGUCCUUUAACCUCACUUCAAAUCCAAGCCUUUGAAGGUCUUGUGAUCUUGAUCCACAACAUUGCAGACAAUAUGGAUAGAGAAGAAGAUGAAGGUGAUGAAGAAGACUCCAAUGUUACUAAACCAAGCCCUGUUGAGAUUCAUGAGUACAUACCCUUUUGGAUAGAGAAGCCAAAAGAAGACUUUGAGACUUGGGUUGAUCAUAUAAGAGUGAGGAAAGCUCAGAAGAGGAAGCUAGCGAUCGCUGCGAACCAUUUCAACAGAGAUGAGAAAAAGGGUUUGGAGUAUUUGAAGUAUAACCACUUAGUCUCUGAUCCUCCUGAUCCAAUGGCAUUAGCUUCGUUCUUCAGAUUCACACCGGGUUUGGACAAGACAAUGAUCGGAGAUUACCUUGGAGAUCCUGAUGAGCUACAUCUCAGUGUUCUUAAAAGCUUUACACAUACAUUUGAGUUCACUGGUAUGAAUCUUGACACUGCGUUGAGGACGUUCUUGGAGUCAUUUAGGUUACCAGGAGAGUCACAAAAGAUUGAGCGUAUGAUUGAAGCAUUCUCUGAGAGAUUCUACGAGCAACAGUCGUCUGAGAUCUUUGCAAGCAAAGACACUGUUCACAUUUUGUGCUACUCUCUUAUCAUGCUCAACACGGAUCAACACAACCCUCAGGUGAAGAAGAAAAUGACGGAAGAUGAGUUUAUCCGCAACAACAGAGCUAUCAACGCAGGGAAAGAUCUUCCAAGAGAGUACCUCUCAGAGCUUUUCCAAUCCAUUUCAUCAAACGCAUUCGCUCUAUCGACACACUCAGGUCCGGUUGAAAUGAAUCCAAACAGAUGGAUUGAGCUGAUGAACAGAACAAAGACCACACAGCCUUUCAGUCUCUGCCAGUUUGAUCGGAGAAUAGGAAGAGAUAUGUUUGCAACCAUUGCAGGUCCAUCGAUAGCAGCUGUUUCCGCAUUCUUUGAGCAUUCGGAUGAUGAUGAAGUGCUUCAUGAGUGUGUUGAUGCUUUGAUCUCUAUAGCAAGAGUUGCACAGUACGGUCUUGAAGACAUUCUUGAUGAGCUAAUCGCUUCCUUUUGCAAAUUCACAACGCUGUUAAACCCUUACACCACACCAGAAGAGACUCUGUUCGCGUUUAGCCACGAUAUGAAACCGAGAAUGGCUACUCUCGCGGUGUUCACGCUCGCUAACAACUUCGGAGAUUCCAUCAGAGGAGGGUGGAGGAACAUUGUGGACUGUCUUUUAAAACUAAGAAAGCUUCAGCUUCUUCCACAAUCUGCAAUCGAGUUUGAGACAACAGAUGAGGAAAACUUAAACAAUGUCGGAUCAGAAACCGACCUAAACAAUGUUUCUGGCCCAGACACGAAGUCUAACAGAAGACAAGGCUCUAGUCUAAUGGGAAGAUUCUCACACUUCUUAGCAUUAGACAGUGUUGAAGAAUCUGUAGCUCUUGGAAUGAGUGAGUUUGAACAGAACCUUAAAGUCAUAAAACAAUGCAGGAUCGGUCAGAUAUUCAGCAAGAGCUCAGUGUUGCCAGAUGUUGCGGUCUUGAAUCUUGGCCGUUCUCUAAUCUACGCAGCUGCAGGGAAAGGACAGAAGUUUAGCACAGCGAUAGAGGAAGAAGAGACGGUCAAAUUCUGCUGGGACUUGAUCACAGCCGUUGCCUUAUCUAACGUCCAUAGAUUCAACAUGUUCUGGCCAAGCUACCAUGAAUAUCUACUCAAUGUAGCAAACUUCCCUCUCUUUUCUCCAAUCCCAUUCGUCGAAAAAGGCAUCCCUGGUUUGUUCAAAGUCUGCAUCAAGAUUCUUGCUACCAAUCUUCAAGACAAUCUACCAGAGGAGCUCAUCUUCAGGUCCAUAACCAUAAUGUGGAAGAUAGAUAAAGAGAUCAUUGACACAUGUUAUGAUACAAUAACAGAGUUUGUCAGCAAGAUCAUAACAGAGUACUCUGCUAAUCUUCAUACACAAAUCGGUUGGAAAAGCGUUCUACAGCUGCUUUCUUUGUGUGGAAGGCAUCCGGAGACUAAAGAACAAGCUGUUGAUGCUCUCAUCGGUUUAAUGUCGACCAACGCAUCGCAUCUCUCGCAGCCAAGUUACGCUUAUUGCAUCGACUGUGCAUUCAGUUUUGUAGCUCUAAGAAACAGCGCUGUUGAGAAGAACUUGAGGAUAUUGGACCUCAUGACGGAUUCUGUUUCAAUGCUGAUAAAAUGGUACAAGACCGCAUCUACCGAGACUGUAAGUAACUACAGCGUGGCGAGCAACACGAGCAGCUCAUCGUCCGCGGAAGAGAACAGCUUGAGAGGAGUUAACUUUGUACAUCAUCUUUUCCUCAAACUCUCCGAGGCGUUUCGGAAAACGACGCUGGCGCGUAGGGAAGAGAUAAGGAACAGAGCAGUGACGUCUCUUGAGAAGAGCUUCAUCAUGGGACAUGUGGAUCUUGGAUUCACGCCGUCAGGGUGUAUCUACUGCAUCGACCAUGUUAUCUUCCCGACGAUCGAUGACUUGCAUGAGAAGCUUCUUGACUAUUCGAGGCGGGAGAACGCGGAGAGGGAGAUGAGAAGCAUGGAAGGGACGUUGAAGAUUGCGAUGAAAAUGCUUCAUAACGUUUUCUUGCAUUAUCUGGAACAGAUUGUAGGGAGUGCUGAGUUUAGAACUUUUUGGUUAGGAGUGUUGAGGAGGAUGGAUACGUGUAUGAAGGCAGAUUUGGGAGAGUAUGGAGAUAACAAGCUUCAAGAGGUUGUGCCUGAGCUUCUGACCACCAUGAUUGGGACGAUGAAGGAGAAAGAGAUUCUUGUGCAGAAAGAAGACGAUGAUCUUUGGGAGAUUACUUAUAUUCAGAUUCAGUGGAUUGCUCCUGCGCUCAAGGAUGAGUUAUUUCCAGAUGAAGAGAUGUAG